AUGGGUGAAUCUCAGAUUCUACUCGUUGAGAGCUUUUCUUCUUCUUUAAAGACUUUGUUUACUUUAUCGAUCUUCUUCACCCUUCUUCACAGCUUUCCAUUUCAAGCUCAAGCUGCUCCUGCUGGUUCGUUGAUUAAGCACAUGUCCUGGGUUCUCAAGUGGACUACUGGAUCAUCAUCAUCAUCGAAAAUAUCCCAAUCAGAUACUAAUGUUCUUCAGUUUGAGAAUGGUUACUUGGUCGAAACCGUUGUGGAAGGAAACGAAAUCGGUGUUGUUCCUUACAAGAUUAGAGUUUCUGAUGAUGGAGAGCUUUACGCUGUUGAUGAAGUUAAUAGCAACAUCAUGAAAAUCACUCCUCCCUUGUCUCAGUACAGCAGGGGAAGAUUGGUGGCUGGAUCGUUUCAAGGAAAAACAGGACAUGCAGAUGGAAAACCGAGCGAGGCUCGUUUUAACCAUCCAAGAGGAGUAACAAUGGAUGAUAAAGGGAACAUUUAUGUCGCUGAUACUUUGAAUCUCGCCAUCCGAAAGAUUGGAGAUUCAGGUGUUACUACAAUAGCUGGGGGGAAAUCAAAUGUAGCUGGGUAUAGAGAUGGACCAAGCGAGGAUGCAAAGUUCUCAAAUGAUUUUGAUGUUGUAUAUGUUCGGUCUACCUGCUCGUUGCUGGUCAUCGACAGAGGAAACGCAGCUCUUCGCCAAAUCUCUCUCAGCGAAGAGGACUGUGACUAUCAGUAUAGCUCAAUCUCUCCAACUGAUAUCCUAUUGGUUAUUGGUGCCGUUCUCAUUGGUUACGCUACUUGUUUGCUCCAGCAAGGUUUUGGACAUUCUUAUUUGUCAAAGACGCAGCUAAGAUCAGAAACCAGCUUUGAAGAGGAGCAUCCAGGCAAAGAGAAACUCUCUCGACCUGUCUUUGAGACAACAACCAAGGAAGAACCUGUUUGGCCAUCAUUUGGGCAACUCCUUAUCGAUCUCUGCAAACUUGCUCUCGAGUUUAUAACCAGCCACCUUGUCCCAACCCGAUUCAAAACCAGCCCCAAUUUAAGGCCAUUAAAAGAUAGACUCGUAAUGCCUGAAGACGAACAAGAACCACCUCUAGUCCAAAGGCAUACUGCCCCAGCACCAAUCUCUGAAUCCCGACAUGCCCACCUUCCUAAGCCAAGUGAUAGUUACCCGGAACAACAUAAGACAACAAAGGUGAGAUCAAGUAGUGCAAUAAAGGACCCGGCUUUGUCAUCAUCCAAGCACCACCGGUCAUCAUCAAAACGCCAUGACUAUUCUGAGUUCUAUGCCUCGGGGGAGGUUGUGCAACCCAAGAUUCAAAAAGAGCGGUCAAGGCGUCGUCAUAGAGAUAAAACAACCGAGACAGAACCAAAGACAAAAGCAUCAGAUACAGUGAAGCCUGUAGAGUACAGUAAUAGUUCAAAGUUUGAUCAUUUCAACCUGAGGAACAACAAGUAUGGACCUGAAACUCCUUUUCGAUUCUAG